UUUCUGUGGAUGGUGUGGGUCACAAAAAGAUGCUGUUUGCAGAAGGAGUGUACAGCACCAUCUUGGAUCUCCAUUGCUAAAGAUUCUUUUCAGAAAGAGCUGAUUUCCUUUCAGGUUAUUUCUUUGAUCCCUGGAGAGAUCAAUCUGACUGUAUACCUGCACCUGGAGGCCACAGGAAGUCUUCCUUUAACAUGUACAUUCAAGGCAGGAAGUGUGGAUCUGUGUACUAGCCCAGUUGCACACUUUCCCAGCUGCUCCUGCAAUUUCCUUGAAAAGCACCUGUCUUCAGAUAGACUCAAAGUCACAGUGACAGUCAAUAUUAGUGAUCAGAUCUUCACAGACAGCCUGACACUGAGGAGCUGCCCAAAUAUCACAGAGAAUACACAAUCAGAUGCUCAGUGCACAGCCUGUGUCUCAGCUGGGUGUUAUUGGAACAACAGUGGCAUGAAGUGUACCUGGACUCCUAAAUCUGCACCUUAUGUACACAUACAGGACAUAUGCAAGCAGUAUUCCUCUGAGAAAAACAACAUGCCAGAGAUCCUAGCUCUGUGGCCUAAUGAAGUCUCCUUUCAUGGCAAAAACAAUGCAGUGAUUAAGGGGAAAAAUCUGGAGCUGGUUGAGAGAAUUCGCUUCCAAGGUUUAUGGACUGCAGUUUAA